CCCAAGCUACAAAUACAUUCUUUUCUUUUUCUAGAGAGUUAUGAAAGCUUCAUAUCGCCAUAUGCUCCUUUUUCUGGUAGCAUUGAUCUUCUUCUUAAACGAUGCUCACAUGGCGUCUGUUGUUGAUCCCAUAUACGGAUUUGUUGAGGUAAUGUUAAACGAAAGCAACUUUGAGUACCAGAAGCCUUAUGAUACACCACUAUGUCAACGUUACAUAUACCAAAAUGGGAUUCAUCGUUUUUGGGUGUAUGCAGACGAUAAACCAUUCCGUUUAGGAAGCAACACACAACCACGUACUGAAAUUCGCAUACUUCCGGAUUACACUUCUGGAGUAUGGCAAUUCGAAGGGGUUGCCUUCAUCCCAAAUGGAACUAGCGGUGCCACCAUAGUUCAAAUCCAUGGUGCAGCCCAUGGUAACACGACAUCUUUGUUAAGGAUCUACAAUGGAGAGAUGAGAUAUUACAGUACACAAGUGAUAGAUACUAAUCUAUAUGAUAGAUGGUUUAAAGUUAAUCUAAUACAUGAUGUGGAUGGAGGAAAAGUAACGGUUUUUGUUGAUAACAAAAAGAAAUUCAAAAUACAUGAUCAAGGCCCCGGUUUGCUGUAUUUUAAAUUUGGAGUCUACGGUGCACCGAAAAAUAUUAGCUACUACAUGGAAUCGAGAUGGAAAGACGUCAAAAUUUACAAAAAGUGUUGAUGGAC